AUGGGUUGCUUCAACUCAAAACCAAGCGGGAAUAGCAUCCCAAUAUCACGAAACUCCAAGCCACUGCCUUCUCUCUCAACUGCGAAAUCAUCGGUAGAAGACGGUAACGAGUCUUCUGUGAAAUUCCUCACCUACGAUGACAUCAAGCGAGCCACGGAAAACUUUUCCGACGUCCUCGGUGAAGGGGGGUUUGGUAAGGUGUACAAGGGCCGGUUGCGCGGCGUUAACGGGGACGCCGACGAGGAUGCGACUUUCGUCGCGGUCAAAGUUCUGGCUCCUCACAGUUUCCAAGGAAUGGACGAGUUUCUGAAUGAGAUCACUACAGUGGAGGGCGUGCAACACCCCAACAUUGUGAGGCUGCUGGCGUGCUGCACAGAGAAGGUCAAGGCGCUGGUUUACGAGUACAUCCCCAUGGGCGAUGUCGAUGCAUGGCUUGCAAAAUGUUCGGAAGGCAAGGCAAAGUUUUCCUGGGCUGAUCGGAUGAAAGUGAUAAUGGGAACAGCAGAGGCGCUGACGUUCAUUCACAAACAGCGGUACAUUCACCGGGACUUCAAGUCCAGCAAUGUGCUUCUAACGGAAGACUUCACACCGAAGGUGGCCGAUUUCGGUCUUGCCAAGGGCAUAGAGGACUGGAAAACGCAUGUCACAACACGAGUCAUGGGCUCCAUGGGAUACAUUGAUCCCACAUACUUUGAGUCAGGUCAUUUGUGUGACAAAAGUGACGUGUUCGCUUUCGGUCUGUUCAUGGUUGAGAUUCUCGCGGGCAAGUCAGUGCUUCGACAAGGUUUCGCUGAAGAUAUUAAGGCGUGGUUGUACGAGGCGGAUGCUCCCAGCGCUGCGGAUAUGAUGGACCUUGCAAUUAUCAAUGAAGCAAACAAGACGGAAGCGAGUGCCAUCGCGAUAAUUGCCAAGCAGUCGAAGGCCCUCCCCAUGGGGGGUUGCUUGUCGCAGCCCAGCAGCGAUGCGAAGACGUCAAAUUACCCGGUGAAGAAGCUGGUGGGGGCGGGAUUCCCAGAAUAUUCAUACGAUGAGAUGAUGCUGAUGACCGACAAGCUCAAGAAGCCCAUCGGCCAGGGGGCGGAGCUAUUGGUGAUGGAGCAGCUGUUGUGUGACCAACGUCCUGUCGUUCUAUGCCUUUUUUGCCCCUUCUCCCACUCUUCCUCGUCUCUCUCUCCCCAAUCCCACUCUCCCUUGUCUCACUCUUCCUUAUCUCACUCUCCUCUCCCCUGUCUCACUCUCCCCCCCCGCUCACUCUCCCUUACUCUCUCUCUCCUCUCCCUGUCUCACUCUCCCCCCCGCUCACUCUCCCUUAUCUCUCCUCUCCCCUGUCUCACUCUCCCCCCCGCUCACUCUCCCUUAUCUCUCCUCUCCCCUGUCUCACUCUCCCCCCCGCUCACUCUCCCUUAUCUCUCCUCUCCCCUGUCUCACUCUCCCCCCCGCUCACUCUCCCUUAUCUCUCCUCUCCCCUGUCUCACUCUCCCCCCCGCUCACUCUCCCUUAUCUCUCCUCUCCCCUGUCUCACUCUCCCCCCCGCUCACUCUCCCUUAUCUCUCCUCUCCCCUGUCUCACUCUCCCCCCCGCUCACUCUCCCUUAUCUCUCCUCUCCCCUGUCUCACUCUCCCCCCCGCUCACUCUCCCUUAUCUCUCCUCUCCCCUGUCUCACUCUCCCCCCCGCUCACUCUCCCUUAUCUCUCCUCUCCCCUGUCUCACUCUCCCCCCCGCUCACUCUCCCUUAUCUCUCCUCUCCCCUGUCUCACUCUCCCCCCCGCUCACUCUCCCUUAUCUCUCCUCUCCCCUGUCUCACUCUCCCCCCCGCUCACUCUCCCUUAUCUCUCCUCUCCCCUGUCUCACUCUCCCCCCCGCUCACUCUCCCUUAUCUCUCCUCUCCCCUGUCUCACUCUCCCCCCGCUCACUCUCCCUUAUCUCUCCUCUCCCCUGUCUCACUCUCCCCCCCGCUCACUCUCCCUUAUCUCUCCUCUCCCCUGUCUCACUCUCCCCCCCGCUCACUCUCCCUUAUCUCUCCUCUCCCCUGUCUCACUCUCCCCCCCGCUCACUCUCCCUUAUCUCUCCUCUCCCCUGUCUCACUCUCCCCCCCGCUCACUCUCCCUUAUCUCUCCUCUCCCCUGUCUCACUCUCCCCCCCGCUCACUCUCCCUUAUCUCUCCUCUCCCCUGUCUCACUCUCCCCCCCGCUCACUCUCCCUUAUCUCUCCUCUCCCCUGUCUCACUCUCCCCCCCCGCUCACUCUCCCUUAUCUCUCCUCUCCCCUGUCUCACUCUCCCCCCGCUCACUCUCCCUUAUCUCUCCUCUCCCUGUCUCACUCUCCCCCCCGCUCACUCUCCCUUAUCUCUCCUCUCCCCUGUCUCACUCUCCCCCCGCUCACUCUCCCUUAUCUCUCCUCUCCCCUGUCUCACUCUCCCCCCCGCUCACUCUCCCUUAUCUCUCCUCUCCCCUGUCUCACUCUCCCCCCCGCUCACUCUCCCUUAUCUCUCCUCUCCCCUGUCUCACUCUCCCCCCCGCUCACUCUCCCUUAUCUCUCCUCUCCCCUGUCUCACUCUCCCCCCCGCUCACUCUCCCUUAUCUCUCCUCUCCCCUGUCUCACUCUCCCCCCCGCUCACUCUCCCUUAUCUCUCCUCUCCCCUGUCUCACUCUCCCCCCCGCUCACUCUCCCUUAUCUCUCCUCUCCCCUGUCUCACUCCCCCCCCGCUCACUCUCCCUUAUCUCUCCUCUCCCCUGUCUCACUCUCCCCCCGCUCACUCUCCCUUAUCUCUCCUCUCCCCUGUCUCACUCUCCCCCCCGCUCACUCUCCCUUAUCUCUCCUCUCCCUGUCUCACUCUCCCCCCCGCUCACUCUCCCUUAUCUCUCCUCUCCCCUGUCUCACUCUCCCCCCGCUCACUCUCCCUUAUCUCUCCUCUCCCCUGUCUCACUCUCCCCCCCGCUCACUCUCCCUUAUCUCUCCUCUCCCCUGUCUCACUCUCCCCCCGCUCACUCUCCCUUAUCUCUCCUCUCCCCUGUCUCACUCUCCCCCCCGCUCACUCUCCCUUAUCUCUCCUCUCCCCUGUCUCACUCUCCCCCCCGCUCACUCUCCCUUAUCUCUCCUCUCCCCUGUCUCACUCUCCCCCCGCUCACUCUCCCUUAUCUCUCCUCUCCCCUGUCUCACUCUCCCCCCCGCUCACUCUCCCUUAUCUCUCCUCUCCCCUGUCUCACUCUCCCCCCGCUCACUCUCCCUUAUCUCUCCUCUCCCCUGUCUCACUCUCCCCCCCGCUCACUCUCCCUUAUCUCUCCUCUCCCCUGUCUCACUCUCCCCCCCGCUCACUCUCCCUUAUCUCUCCUCUCCCCUGUCUCACUCUCCCCCCCGCUCACUCUCCCUUAUCUCUCCUCUCCCCUGUCUCACUCUCCCCCCCGCUCACUCUCCCUUAUCUCUCCUCUCCCCUGUCUCACUCUCCCCCCCGCUCACUCUCCCUUAUCUCUCCUCUCCCCUGUCUCACUCUCCCCCCCGCUCACUCUCCCUUAUCUCUCCUCUCCCCUGUCUCACUCUCCCCCCCGCUCACUCUCCCUUAUCUCUCCUCUCCCCUGUCUCACUCUCCCCCCCGCUCACUCUCCCUUAUCUCUCCUCUCCCCUGUCUCACUCUCCCCCCCGCUCACUCUCCCUUAUCUCUCCUCUCCCCUGUCUCACUCUCCCCCCCGCUCACUCUCCCUUAUCUCUCCUCUCCCCUGUCUCACUCUCCCCCCCGCUCACUCUCCCUUAUCUCUCCUCUCCCCUGUCUCACUCUCCCCCCCGCUCACUCUCCCUUAUCUCUCCUCUCCCCUGUCUCACUCUCCCCCCCGCUCACUCUCCCUUAUCUCUCCUCUCCCCUGUCUCACUCUCCCCCCCGCUCACUCUCCCUUAUCUCUCCUCUCCCCUGUCUCACUCUCCCCCCCGCUCACUCUCCCUUAUCUCUCCUCUCCCCUGUCUCACUCUCCCCCCCGCUCACUCUCCCUUAUCUCUCCUCUCCCCUGUCUCACUCUCCCCCCCGCUCACUCUCCCUUAUCUCUCCUCUCCCCUGUCUCACUCUCCCCCCCGCUCACUCUCCCUUAUCUCUCCUCUCCCCUGUCUCACUCUCCCCCCCGCUCACUCUCCCUUAUCUCUCCUCUCCCCUGUCUCACUCUCCCCCCCGCUCACUCUCCCUUAUCUCUCCUCUCCCCUGUCUCACUCUCCCCCCCGCUCACUCUCCCUUAUCUCUCCUCUCCCCUGUCUCACUCUCCCCCCCGCUCACUCUCCCUUAUCUCUCCUCUCCCCUGUCUCACUCUCCCCCCCGCUCACUCUCCCUUAUCUCUCUCUCCCCUGUCUCACUCUCCCCCCCGCUCACUCUCCCUUAUCUCUCCUCUCCCCUGUCUCACUCUCCCCCCGCUCACUCUCCCUUAUCUCUCCUCUCCCCUGUCUCACUCUCCCCCCCGCUCACUCUCCCUUAUCUCUCCUCUCCCCUGUCUCACUCUCCCCCCCGCUCACUCUCCCUUAUCUCUCCUCUCCCCUGUCUCACUCUCCCCCCCGCUCACUCUCCCUUAUCUCUCCUCUCCCCUGUCUCACUCUCCCCCCGCUCACUCUCCCUUAUCUCUCCUCUCCCCUGUCUCACUCUCCCCCCCGCUCACUCUCCCUUAUCUCUCCUCUCCCCUGUCUCACUCUCCCCCCCGCUCACUCUCCCUUAUCUCUCCUCUCCCCUGUCUCACUCUCCCCCCCGCUCACUCUCCCUUAUCUCUCCUCUCCCCUGUCUCACUCUCCCCCCCGCUCACUCUCCCUUAUCUCUCCUCUCCCCUGUCUCACUCUCCCCCCCGCUCACUCUCCCUUAUCUCUCCUCUCCCCUGUCUCACUCUCCCCCCCGCUCACUCUCCCUUAUCUCUCCUCUCCCCUGUCUCACUCUCCCCCCCGCUCACUCUCCCUUAUCUCUCCUCUCCCCUGUCUCACUCUCCCCCCGCUCACUCUCCCUUAUCUCUCCUCUCCCCUGUCUCACUCUCCCCCCCGCUCACUCUCCCUUAUCUCUCCUCUCCCCUGUCUCACUCUCCCCCCCGCUCACUCUCCCUUAUCUCUCCUCUCCCCUGUCUCACUCUCCCCCCGCUCACUCUCCCUUAUCUCUCCUCUCCCCUGUCUCACUCUCCCCCCCGCUCACUCUCCCUUAUCUCUCCUCUCCCCUGUCUCACUCUCCCCCCCGCUCACUCUCCCUUAUCUCUCCUCUCCCCUGUCUCACUCUCCCCCCCGCUCACUCUCCCUUAUCUCUCCUCUCCCCUGUCUCACUCUCCCCCCCGCUCACUCUCCCUUAUCUCUCCUCUCCCCUGUCUCACUCUCCCCCCCGCUCACUCUCCCUUAUCUCUCCUCUCCCCUGUCUCACUCUCCCCCCGCUCACUCUCCCUUAUCUCUCCUCUCCCCUGUCUCACUCUCCCCCCCGCUCACUCUCCCUUAUCUCUCCUCUCCCCUGUCUCACUCUCCCCCCCGCUCACUCUCCCUUAUCUCUCCUCUCCCCUGUCUCACUCUCCCCCCGCUCACUCUCCCUUAUCUCUCCUCUCCCCUGUCUCACUCUCCCCCCCGCUCACUCUCCCUUAUCUCUCCUCUCCCCUGUCUCACUCUCCCCCCGCUCACUCUCCCUUAUCUCUCCUCUCCCCUGUCUCACUCUCCCCCCCGCUCACUCUCCCUUAUCUCUCCUCUCCCCUGUCUCACUCUCCCCCCCGCUCACUCUCCCUUAUCUCUCCUCUCCCCUGUCUCACUCUCCCCCCCGCUCACUCUCCCUUAUCUCUCCUCUCCCCUGUCUCACUCUCCCCCCCGCUCACUCUCCCUUAUCUCUCCUCUCCCCUGUCUCACUCUCCCCCCCGCUCACUCUCCCUUAUCUCUCCUCUCCCCUGUCUCACUCUCCCCCCCGCUCACUCUCCCUUAUCUCUCCUCUCCCCUGUCUCACUCUCCCCCCCGCUCACUCUCCCUUAUCUCUCCUCUCCCCUGUCUCACUCUCCCCCCCGCUCACUCUCCCUUAUCUCUCCUCUCCCCUGUCUCACUCUCCCCCCCGCUCACUCUCCCUUAUCUCUCCUCUCCCCUGUCUCACUCUCCCCCCCGCUCACUCUCCCUUAUCUCUCCUCUCCCCUGUCUCACUCUCCCCCCCGCUCACUCUCCCUUAUCUCUCCUCUCCCCUGUCUCACUCUCCCCCCCGCUCACUCUCCCUUAUCUCUCCUCUCCCCUGUCUCACUCUCCCCCCCGCUCACUCUCCCUUAUCUCUCCUCUCCCCUGUCUCACUCUCCCCCCCGCUCACUCUCCCUUAUCUCUCCUCUCCCCUGUCUCACUCUCCCCCCCGCUCACUCUCCCUUAUCUCUCCUCUCCCCUGUCUCACUCUCCCCCCCGCUCACUCUCCCUUAUCUCUCCUCUCCCCUGUCUCACUCUCCCCCCCGCUCACUCUCCCUUAUCUCUCCUCUCCCCUGUCUCACUCUCCCCCCCGCUCACUCUCCCUUAUCUCUCCUCUCCCCUGUCUCACUCUCCCCCCCGCUCACUCUCCCUUAUCUCUCCUCUCCCCUGUCUCACUCUCCCCCCCGCUCACUCUCCCUUAUCUCUCCUCUCCCCUGUCUCACUCUCCCCCCCGCUCACUCUCCCUUAUCUCUCCUCUCCCCUGUCUCACUCUCCCCCCCGCUCACUCUCCCUUAUCUCUCCUCUCCCCUGUCUCACUCUCCCCCCCGCUCACUCUCCCUUAUCUCUCCUCUCCCCUGUCUCACUCUCCCCCCCGCUCACUCUCCCUUAUCUCUCCUCUCCCCUGUCUCACUCUCCCCCCCGCUCACUCUCCCUUAUCUCUCCUCUCCCCUGUCUCACUCUCCCCCCGCUCACUCUCCCUUAUCUCUCCUCUCCCCUGUCUCACUCUCCCCCCCGCUCACUCUCCCUUAUCUCUCCUCUCCCCUGUCUCACUCUCCCCCCCGCUCACUCUCCCUUAUCUCUCCUCUCCCCUGUCUCACUCUCCCCCCCGCUCACUCUCCCUUAUCUCUCCUCUCCCCUGUCUCACUCUCCCCCCCGCUCACUCUCCCUUAUCUCUCCUCUCCCCUGUCUCACUCUCCCCCCGCUCACUCUCCCUUAUCUCUCCUCUCCCCUGUCUCACUCUCCCCCCCGCUCACUCUCCCUUAUCUCUCCUCUCCCCUGUCUCACUCUCCCCCCCGCUCACUCUCCCUUAUCUCUCCUCUCCCCUGUCUCACUCUCCCCCCCGCUCACUCUCCCUUAUCUCACUCUCCUCCCCCCUGUCUCACCCGCCUUUUCGCCCCCCUUUCUCUCUCUGCGCAUCCAUCAGGCGGAUCUGCUGGCAAUGGAGCAGCUGUCGCACCCCAACAGCCCGUCACUGUGUGCCCAUUGCCCUCACUCUCGUUGCGCAACACCCGCACAUCCUUCCCCUCGUUCUUCCCGCUUUCUCUCUCUGCGCAUCCAUCAGGCGGAGCUGAUGGCAAUGGAGCAGCUGAAACAUCCCACCAUCCUGUCGCUGUUUGGUUUUGUGGCCAAGCCCACGCCCGCGCUCAUCUACGAGUUUAUCACCAAUGGCAAUGCCGAGGCGUACCUCAGAAAAGCUGUGCAAGGCAAGGUGGAGUUUUCCUGGAAGGCGCGGCUGCGGGUGGCUCUGAUGUGUGCGGAGGCGCUGCAGGUGAUGCACAGCCACAACUACGUGCACCGCGACUUCAAGGCCUCCAACGUGCUGCUGCGUGAGGACCUAACGCCAGUGCUGGCGGACUUUGGCUUAGCACGCACGGUGAACAACUGGCAGAGCCACGUCACCACGCGGGUCAUGGGCUCCACAGGUUACAUUGACCCUGUCUACUUCGAGUCUGGUCAUUUGAACGCCAAGUGUGACACGUAUGCAUUUGGGAUCUUUCUCCUCGAACUUGUUACGGGCAUGCUGGUCACUGACAAAAACUUUGAAGCCUUGCGAAUGACCCUUGCUACUGGGGCUGACCUGCCCGAAGCGGACAAAGUGAUGGACCAGACACUGGCUGGGCAGUGGACAAAAAAAGAUGCACUUAUGGCCAAGGUCUUCUCGCCAACCCCAGCUCCCGGCGAGCCCGUUGUUACAGUGGACAACGAGAGCAGCGAAAACUACACUAUUAUCACCGUCAGCGCCCCUAACAGACCCGGAUUGCUCCAGCUUCUAACGCUCACGUUUCGCGAUCUCGGCCUGGACGUCGGCAAGGCCGUCGUCGAUCUCGACGAUGACGGAAACGUAGCCGACGCGUUUUACGUCACGGCCGUUGACGGAAAAAAGAUCACCCAGAAACGCGAUCUGCAGAACAUCCGCAAGUGCGUGGUUAGAGCGUUGGUUCUAGACGCCAAGGGUGACUCGCCGAAAGAUGCUCCGGUCCGGCCCGCGAGACUUAUCCGGCCAGUUACAUCUCUGGACCCGUCGGCUUCGCCGGAGAUGAAACGGCGUACGGAGCUGCUGCACAACCUGAUGGACACGUACAUCAAGAACGACGUGCUGUCCAUCCAGAAGAGCAUUGUGGACCACGUGGAGUACACCAUGGCGCGCAGCAGAUACAAAUUCGACGACUUCGAGGCUUACCAGGCGACAGCGUACAGCGUGAGGGACCGCCUGAUUGAGAGCUGGAACGACACGCAGCAGUACUUCAAGGACCAGGACUCCAAGCGCGUCUACUACCUCUCCAUGGAGUUCCUCAUGGGGCGGUCGCUGCUGAACAGCAUAUUCAACCUGGGCAUGAAGGACCAGUACGUGGAGGCGCUGGGGCAGCUGGGCUACAAGCUCGAGGUGCUGGCGGAGCAGGAGAGGGAUGCUGCUCUUGGCAACGGUGGCCUUGGCCGCCUGGCAGCCUGUGUGCUCGACAGCAUGGCGACCCUCAACUACCCAGGAUGGGGCUACGGCAUCCGCUACCAGUACGGCAUGUUCAGGCAGACCCUACAGGACGGCUUUCAGCACGAGCAGCCAGACUACUGGCUGACGUUUGGCAACCCGUGGGAGAUAGAGCGUGUGUUUGUGACGUACCCCGUGCGCUUCUAUGGCACCGUUGAGUCCUACACCGAGGCCGGCCACCCCCGCAAGCGAUGGGUCGAGGGCGAAACGGUGGAGGCAGUGGCAUACGACAACCCUAUCCCAGGUUACCACACCAACAACACCAUCAACUUGCGCCUCUGGGGAGCAAAGCCCAGCGGCGAGUUUGACUUGCAAAGCUUCAACACGGGGGACUACGUGAACGCGAUUCUGAGCAAGCAGAAGGCGGAAGCUAUCAGCAGCGUGCUGUACCCCGACGACCGCACGUACCAGGGCAAGGAGCUGCGCCUCAAGCAGCAGCACUUCUUCGUCUCCGCCACCAUGCAAGAUGUCGUGCGCCGCUACAAGGAGGAGCACGCCACGUUCGACGAGUUUAAAGACAAGGUGGCGCUGCAGCUGAAUGACACGCACCCGGUGCUGGCUCUGGUGGAGCUGAUGCGCCUUUUGGUGGAUGAGGAGGGGCUGGAGUGGGGGUACGCAUGGAACAUCACCACGCAUACGUUCUCGUACACGAAUCACACUGUGCUGCCUGAGGCGCUGGAGAAGUGGCCCGUGGAGAUCCUGGAGACGCUGCUGCCUCGCCACCUGGAGAUCAUUUACGACAUCAACCACAACUUCAUUGUGGACCUGAAGAAGCGCAUCGGCAACGACUACGACCGCCUCUCCCGCAUGUCCAUCAUUGAGGAGGGCGCGCACAAGAGCAUCCGCAUGGCAACGCUGGCGGUGGUGACGUGCCACACCAUCAAUGGCGUGUCUCAAAUCCACACGGACCUCGUUGAACACACCCUCUUCAAGGACUUCUAUGACAUCUGGCCGCACAAGUUCCAGAACAAGACAAACGGUGUCACCCAGCGACGGUGGCUGGCGUUCUGCAACCCGGGGCUGGCGGCGAUUCUGACGCAGUGGCUGGGCACGGAGUCAUGGAUCACCCACCUGGACCUGGUCGCAGGGCUCAAGGAGCAUGUGGAUGACCCGCUGCUGCAGACACAGUGGAUGGAGGUUCGCAGGCAGAACAAAGCUCGCCUGGCAGCAUACAUCGAGGGGAUUUCAGGGAUCAAGGUGAGCAUCGACGCCAUGUUUGACGUGCAGGUGAAGCGAAUCCACGAGUACAAGCGGCAGCUGCUCAACGUAAUGGGCAUCAUCCACCGCUACGACUGCAUCAAGAAGAUGAGUCCCGAGGAGCGCAAACGGGUGGUGCCGCGGGUGUGUCUUCUGGGCGGCAAGGCGGCACCAGGGUAUGACCUGGCGAAGAAGAUCGUGAAGCUUAUCAGCGCUGUGAGCGAAGUGAUCAACAAGGACGAGGAUGUGGGCGACCUGCUCAAGCUGGUGUUCAUUCCGGAUUACAACGUGUCGCUUGCUGAGCUCAUCAUCCCUGCCAGCGACCUCUCCCAACACAUCAGCACAGCGGGCAACGAGGCAUCGGGCACGAGCAACAUGAAGUUUGCAAUGAACGGGUGCCUCAUUCUGGGCACUCUGGAUGGCGCCACGCGCGAGAUCAGAGAGGAAAUCGGGCCCGAGAACAUGUUUGUGUUUGGGGCGGAGACCAAGGACGUGCCGCGGCUGAGGGAGGAACGGCGCACCUUCACCCCUUGCCGCAACUUCACUCGCGUUGUGGGCAUGAUCCGCAGUGGGUACUUUGGGUGGACGGAGUUCUUUGCACCGCUCAUGGAUUCCAUUGACGGCCCGGGCAACGACUAUUACCUGCUUGCCAACGACUUCCCCACCUACCUGCAAGCCCAGGCGGCCAUCGAUGCAACGUAUGUGGACGUGCCCAAGUGGACGCGCAUGAGCAUCAGCAGCACAGCAGGGUGUGGGCGGUUCACCAGUGAUCGCACGAUCAAGGAGUAUGCCGAGGAGAUCUGGGACGUGAAGCCCGUCACUCGGCCGUAUUGA